GGCUUUAAAUCUUUAUCAACUAAGAUACUGAGCUUUAGAUGAAUGGCCUGAAUACAAGACUUGAAUGUUAAAAGGAAGGACAGAUAGCUCAGAAGACUCUUAUUCUGUACAGUUAAAGUCUGCCAUCUUCAACUUUCAGAGUAUUCUGACUGUAAUCUUGCUUCUCAUAUGUACCUGUGCCUACAUCAGAUCCGUGGCUCCCAGCUUACUGGACAAAAAUAAAACUGGACUAUUGGGAAUAUUCUGGAAAUGCGCCAGGAUUGGUGAAAGGAAGAGCCCCUACGUAGCUGUGUGUUGUGUGGUGAUGGCCUUCAGCAUUCUGUUUGUACAGUAGCAACUGGAGGUUGUCCCUUAGAUCCUGCAACCAAACAGCAAAGCAUGGAAGAAAUUCCAGCAGGAAAAAAUUAAGAAACAUCGUCAACUCUCUUCCCACAUGCUGGAUAGCCAGUCUCUUGGUGAUCAUAAUGAAACUAACUUCAGUAUGAUAUUUAGAUAAUAAUGUCGCAUCAAUAUUGACACUGCUGAUGUAACAGUUCGAAACAUGUCCAUUCUGUUUUUGGGUUCCACAAGAAUAUGUUUUGUACCAUGCAAUUAAAAAGGUUUUUAAUGUUUUUUGUUUAUUAAUGUUUUGGUUUUGAUAGACCCAUUUAAUUAAAUUUUACAAUUAUACGUCAGGCAAAAGAACCACUCCUAUGAAAACGAAGAACAUUAUAGAGUAUGUUUACUGAGUAUCUUCAGUUCUUAAUGCCUGAGCAAUUCAUGUGAUAUUGUGACAGGUAUUGUCACAUGCUUAAAACAGAUUUAUUAAGCGUUUAAGUCACAUUCAGCUUUCAUUUUUUAAUCUCUUAGUUUCUUAAUCUAAUGAUAUUUCUGUUGUUAAGGUAAAAUAUAAAUAAGUAUGGGGAUCAUAACAGUAGUGAUGUCUGACUAUCUGCUGAGAAUACACAAAUGUAUGAUUUGAAAACCAGGACUGUUUUGUAAAUAUAUACAUAUAUAUUUGUCUUUAGAGAUCAAGCUCACAGGUAAAUCAUUCCCUAAAUUUUUUGUUUUGUUUUGUUUCAGAAAGGUUCUGGUGACUCUGCUACUGUUUUUGAGGCAUUUAAUAUAAGGUUGUUAAAUCAGCUGAGAGAGCAGUUAGCUUCUCAGUAGUAGAGAUAGGAAAGUUGUAUAUCCUAAUGUUCUAAGGGUUCAAAAUAAAAACAAAAAUAAUUAAAAAAAUAAAAAGGAAAAGAAAAAGAUUACAGUCAUUAUUAGCAAAAAUGAGAUAAACCUCAUUAUUUUUUGCCAUUAGUUUUCAUUCUAGUUUUUUUAAACUUCUUGAUAAUUAGUAACUUAUUUUAGUAGUGCCUAAGAAGUGUAUUUUUACCAGGCAGGUAUAUGACUUUGUAAUGACUGUAUUUUAGAGCUAUCUGUCAGCUGUAUUUUGGGUUGUUCUGAAGAGGUAUGUGAUCAGAAUGAGCUUAGCCGCAAUAAAACAAUCUGCAUGGUAUGUACCUGUUGUCAUUCUUAUUAAAACUCUUGUUUUGUAGAUCCAAAUCAUCCUGUACUUAAAAAGGAAGUGGUUGUUAGCGACUAGCAUUGUAUUAUCCCAUGUGUAUCUGCAUAUCUAAAUCAUCAUCAAACAUACUUAAUUGUCCAAAGCUGUUUUCUAAUCAACAGACAGGAAAAAUAGCAUUUUUAGUUUAGAUGAAAUAAAAAGCAUUGGCUGUAAAAACCUGCAGGCUCAGAGGAGUACAGAGCUGCAUAAUGUUGAUAACCAUGGUGUGCACACAUACAAGCCUUAAACCAAGCAGGAAGUCUGAGGAACAGCCAUGUCCAUUUCUUUGAAUGUGGGUACUGUCCCAGAUGUAGCAUUAGAGCAUCUAAGGAAUUCAUUUCUGUGUAUUGAAGUGCCAUUCCUAGACUGGGGAUGAGAGAAGCUCAUGAGGAGACUUGAGGUUUGACUCAUACGUAUGUGUUAAAAACAAGUGUAGGAUCAUUGGAAACUAUUAUCUUCAGUGUGUUCUGGUUUUUAACAUGUAUUGGACUUUAUGAUUAAAUAAUGGUGUCUGUAGA